AUGGAGUCGACGGGGGUUGACAGGACGACCCCGCCGCCACCGCAGCCACCACCAGGUCCUCUGGGCGACAGUAACAGUCCAGCAGUGCGCGAGGAAGGCGCAACAACUUCCCUCGCGACCGGUGAUGCAAGCGGUGGCGAUGCACCAGCAGUGCCGGCCGAUGCACCGGCCGCCACUCAAAGUGUAGAGGUCCCAGCUGGUGUGGACAACCGAGAAGGGGACGCUGGUGUGGACAACCGAGAAGAGGACGCUGGUGUGGACAACCGAGAAGGGGACGCUGGGGUGGACAACCGAGAAGGGGACGCUGGGGUGGACAACCGAGAAGGGGACGCUGAGGUGGGAGUACUUGAGAGAGAGGGCAGUGGCGGUGACGUCGGCGAGCUUCCUGACCUUCCCGCCCUCCCGGAAGGUGACCUUGUCCUCGAUAACGAGCCUUCGACACCUCAGCUCUCGAUCGCCGACGAUGACUUCGACCUCGCGCCCCUCCCGACUGAGUUCGACCCUGACGCGCCAUUGCCAGAACUUCCCUCCACCACGGUGCCUGAAGAUGACGAGCUCGCGAUUGUCCCAUGCGAGGAGCCAGAGCCGGAGCCAGUGCCGGAGCCAGUGCCAGAGCCAGUGCCAGAGCCAGCACCUGAGCUUGAGCCAGAGCAGCCAGAGCAGCCGGCAGCCACGGAGGUGGCACUCACCGACAUCGACGGUGGGGAUGGCGGAGAGCAGCCGGAGCAGGACAUCCUCGCCGUUAUCCGCGGGUUGGCGGAUAAUAAUUCUCUGCAGUGGGUGGAAGGCGGAGAGGAGCACGAGCCGGAGGUGGAAGCACCAGUAGAAACAGAAGCCGGUGACGAGGAGCACGGCGCAAUGGAGAUCGACCUUGUUGCAGAAGAGGAAGCUCGGGGGCCAUCCCCAGCCCCCUCUUCACAAUCGUCAUCAAUACCGCCAUUGUCACCCAUGCGCCUCCCUGAACUCCCCAACGAGCUCUCCCUCGACGCCGAUAUCCCCGCGUCCAGUUUGCCGUCAUCAGUCCUCGUGCCAGAACUACAAACUUUCCGUCCGGAGUCUUCCAACACUGCUCGUCGACGCGUGCGAGCUGCGUCGGCCUCAGCGUCGCCGGCGCCGGACGAGGUAGGGAGGCGAAGGAGGUCAGCAGGCCGGAGCGACACCGACGAUCGGGAGUCGGACAGUGGCGAUAAGCGCGAGCGGUACAAGCGCCGUAAGGGUUUGGAUGGCAAGCUCAUACGUGCAUCGGCUCGCCCGCGGAAGCGAAUCGACAAGCAGCUCCAGAUCGAGCGGCACGGCCAGAAGCCACCAGAGAAGGUCGCGCCCCGCGCCAGGACUCUUCCCGACGCGCGACUCCGGGCUCUGGUGCGAGGCAAGGACAAAGAACUACAGCUGGCCCCCUGCAUCCGCAAACGUUAUGAUCCGUGGGGCAAGUGUACGCAGUGUGUGAGCAAAAUUGGCGGCGACUCGUGCCGCUUCCGCAACUACCGCGUCUUCCCAUUGAAUCCCGAAACCGCAGAAAUCAUCGGACCAGGGACGUUCGGGUCGACCACGCUGGACGAGCCGCUUACACCAAUGCCCCAAAAGUUCAAUGUCGAACUCACAGAGGAACACAUGUCCCGUAUCGAAAAGACAGUAGCGCCGCUGCUGGUCGGCCUCAUUUCGCGCGAGAUGCGGCACGUAAUCAAGAACGAGGCUCUGCAUAGACCGAUCGAUACAGCCCAGCACCGGUCCGUGUGCGACUUUUGCUCGUCGACCAUCUUCGCGGGGUUCUGGUUCUGCACAAAGUGCGGGCGCGACUACUGCAUUGAGUGCGAGCGCUUCUUCUCGGUUGACGCUGCAACCAUAACGGCGUCGCCCUGGCCAGUUCCCGAAGCCACGCGACCGAGGUUGCAUCGCUGCACGCGUGGCGACGACCCCCUGCCGCUCCAGCCCAAACCUUCCAAGUCUGGCAAGCUCAAGCAGCAGAUGCAUUUCCGGAGCGAUCUCAUGGCCGCGUCGCGCCUCUCAGCUGACGAGCUGCGCGCUGACUUCCUGGCGCUCAUCAAGUUUGUCCUCGAGCCCGGCGCGAGUGAUUUGGACGUCGAGGCGCGGGUGGCGUCGCUGGCGCUGGGUGACGAGGAGACCGAGCUCGCUGACGGUGUGCGCGAGUACCUGUCCCAUGCCGCGCCAGGGCUUGCAUCGACAAAGCUGCCUCUCUCGGAUGCUGAGGUACAGGCUCUGUAUGUCACAUCCACGACACUGUCGCAGCCGCCGGAUCCGACCGACAUUCCACCACUGCCCUUCAUGUAUAUCGACGGUGAUAGGCUUGACAGCCUUGCGGGGGGCUUUGACUCGCUGUGGGGGCGGGGCGAGCCGAUGGUCGUGGGCAACCUUCUUAAACGGUUGCAGAUGCAGUGGACGCCCGACAACUUCAUUCGACGGUUCAAGGACGAGCAGUGCUACGUCGUCGACUGCGAGUCGGAUAAGGUUCUGCUGACGAGUGUUGGCGCGUUCUUCCUCCUGUUCAAGGAACUGGGAAGCGAGAUGACUGCGCCAAAAGAGGCUGCAGUCGCCAAUGGGGCGACAUUGGCGACAAAUGGACCAGCAACGAAUGGGACGCCGUUCGAGACUGCCUGCGCCGCGCUCAAUGGGGUGAACGUCCCAGCUGCUGGCUCAAACGCUGGGUCCCUACCUCCACAAUCACCUCACCAGCCCAUGGCCGUCGAUGAAACGACAAGAACUUCUCCACGCGAGCCAACAGUGUUGGACGCGGAAGCGCAACCGAAUGGCGGGGCCGAGGCAGUGCCACAGUGCAGUCUUAGUGACCAACCCUCGAGACCUGAAGUACCCAACGGAUCACCUUCUGCGACCUCUGCUCCGCCGCCAUCCUCUGCCUCGGCUGCCGCUCGUCCGAUUCUGCCUGCUCCCACACAGAACGGGUCCGCUCCGGGCAGCGGUGCUAGGACUCCACAGCGAGCCUACACGUUCCAGGAGCAGGUGGCACAAAUGGCGAGCUGGGCACCUGGGUACGCUAAGCUCAAGGCCGCGCAGCGAAUCUUCAAGCUCAAGGACUGGCCGUCAACGGACGACUUUUCCACCGCCUAUCCCGACCUGUACCAGGAUUUCUCCAACGCCCUCCCAGCCCCCGACUUUACGCAGCGCAUCGGCGUCCUCAACCUCUACUCGCACUUCCCGCCAGGCCCAACGCGUCCCGACAUCGGCCCAAAGAUGUAUAACGCGCUCGCUGGGCGCGAAGACCCCGGCGGCCUCGGCUCGACGCGCCUGCACAUGGACGUGGCUGAUGCGGUGAACAUCAUGCUGUACGCGUCCAAGCGGCCCGACGGUUCUCCGGGAUGCGCGGUGUGGGACCUCUUCCGCGCCGAAGACGCCGACAAGAUCCGCGCGUUCCUCCGCACAAAGUUCCCGCACGCCAAGAUGACCGAUCCGAUCCACUCGCAGCUCUUCUACCUCGAUUCUCAGCUGCGCGAGGAGCUACAUGCACAGUACGGUGUGGCGUCGUUCCGUGUGUACCAGUACCCAGGGCAAGCGGUGUUUGUACCCGCCGGCUGCGCGCACCAGGUGUGCAACCUCGCCAACUGCAUGAAGAUUGCGCUCGACUUUGUGUCCCCCCACAACGUGCGCCGGUGCCAGCGCCUCACACAGGACUUCCGCAAGGAGAACUAUGUGCGUGUGUGGAAGGAGGACGUGCUCCAGUUGUACAACGUCAUGUGGUACGCGUGGACGAAUGUGCGCGGCAUCCGUGAAGCGCGGAAGCAGAAGGAGAUCACGGAUCGUGAGAAGGCCGCCAGCCAUGCCGAAUGGCUCGCACACCUGAAGGCCGGCCAGGGGACUCAUCCGCACGGUCACCCCGCGGGUCGACCACCGUCAUACGCUCCCGGCGUACGGUACUCUUACUCACUUGCGCGCGAUGGCGAUGGGCCGUCUCGAUAUCUCCCCUUCACCUCAUCGUGGAGCUCGGUGCGCGACGAUCCCUCUCCCUGGGUUGGCACGGAGAGUGCUAUCCGAGGGCAGUCAACGCCGCCAGUUCCGGCGCCAGCCGCAUCCGCGCUUCAGCCUCCAGCUCCAGCGCCAGCCAGGUCGGCACCGCAGCCUCCAGCUUCACCACCUGCUGCACCCACACCUCUUCCUGCACAGCCGACGCGUUCGUCGCCAAUCGCUGAUAACGCGUCGUCGACACUUACUGCUGAGGGCCCUCCUGCAACCCCCACUGCAGACUCUGACGUUGCGGACAACCCCGGGACGCAGGGGAAUGAAAGCCAAGUGGCCAGGUCCGUAAGCCAGGAACCAGAUAAGAAUCCCGAGUCGGCCUCGGCCUCGGCCUCGGCCCGACAGAUCCUGCCAGCCAAUGGUGACGCUGCGACGGUUUCGACUCCGCCGUCGCCUGGCCAGGAGCUUGUUCGCCGCCUGCUGGACGCCGCGCUAGCUCGCGAGCCCAAGCCUGAGCUGCACGUUGAUCUGGCACCCAAGCCUGCGCCUGAGCCCGAGCCGUACUACCGCCACAACUCGUUUGCGGACGACAUAGGUGCGCUGCCCGAACUCAUGGAUAUCGACGGUGAGGUAGAGUACAGCGACGUCGGCAUGUUGGGAUAG